AUGGCACAAACAACGAGCAGCGCACUAAGGGCACUUGCCCUCGAAUAUAAAAGCCUUCAAGAGGAGCCCGUCGAGGGAUUCCGAGUAAAACUCGUUAACGAGGACAACAUGUUUAAGUGGGAAGUAGCUAUCUUCGGGCCCCCGGAUACGCUUUACCAAGGAGGAUACUUCAAGGUAAUUAUUAGAAUUAUUAAUUUCUUAGCUUUUGUUCGUUUUGGAAACUCGGCCGAGCUAA